AGAGCACCCACAAUUUCCAUGAAUAUAUGCCUAGAGAACCAAAUAUUAGUAUAUAUUUUUUUGUACCAUAAAUGCAAACCCAAUUUUGUGUGUGAUGGAAUGUGUUCGUUCUGCGUUGAGUUUGGUUUGACAUGAUAUAAUUCUUCUUACUUUCUUGGUUGAAUCAACAUGAGCUAUGAUCAUGAGUCUAGUGAGAGAUGUCUGUAUUCACAAGCAGCAACAGGCUAUCAUCAUGCAGCACCCUCCUAUUCCUGUCCUCCGCCUGGAUCCUACCCUCCAACUGCAUAUGGCGGUGGCUAUCCCCAAACAGCCUACCCACCAACUGCAUAUCCACCUUCUGGAGGCUAUCCACCUGCUGGAGGCUAUCCACCUGCUGGUUAUCCUCAUUCAGGAUAUAAUUCCUCAGCUUAUCCUGCCCCACAUGGCUAUCCAACUCACUAUUCUGGAGGGCGAGGGUCUGGUAUAGGAGGAUUGUUUGCAGGGGGUGUUGCUGCUGCAGCUGCAUAUGGGGCUCAUAAAUAUGGACAUGGAUCUCAUCAAUAUGGACAUGGAUCUCAUCAUUAUGGACAUGGGGCUUCCUAUGGUCAUGGAAAGUAUAAGCAUGGGAAAUAUGGCAAGCAUGGGGGAUAUGGAUAUGGCAAGUAUAAGCGUGGGAAAUUUGGUAAGUGUUGGAAGUGAUGCAGUGACCAAUAUACUAAGUAUGUGACUCUAGACAUGGUCAUGAAGGUUUAAUUCUGGAAUAAAUAAUGUUGUACGUUAUUAGCAGCAACAUACUGUUUCAAUUGCAGGGUUGCAAUUAAUACUUUCUAUGCAAAUGUGUGGCUAGUGGACUUAUAUGAGAGUCCUCAUUUAAAUA